AUGGCAAGUAGCUCGAAAGUCGAAACAAACAAUGGCGAAUCUCAACCAGUUAACGAUGGAGUUUUUGAAGAGAUGAAGUCUUUGCUUCAUGAAUUUGAGCAAGUAGAAACAGAACUUGCACGACAGCAAGUAAAGCUUUUGGCACCAAUUUACGAAAAACGACGGAAAAUCUUUGAAAAAAUCCCAAGGUUUUGGACAACAGCCUUUAUGAACCAUCCACAUGUCGCCCAAUUUCUAGAUCAUGAUGAUUUUGAGGUUGUCCAAUGCCUUAACGAACUAAUUAUCGAAAGAGACGAAAAAAAUAUUGAUAAUUAUAAGAUUAAAUUGACAUUUUCUGAAAAUCCUUAUUUCACAAAUACCGAAAUUGUAAAGGAAUUCUACGUAGAUGCGGAAGGACGUCAUAUAAAAACCACUGAUGUUGUAUGGCAUGAGGGCAAGGAUUUUACGAAAAAGCGUAAAGGCGAUGAAGAAGAACAAAGUCUUAUCCGAUGGUUUACAGAUCAUCAUACGGAUGAUGUGUCUUGGGAUUUAGGACGAGCAAUUAGAGAUGACUUAUAUCCUCAGGCUUGGAUUUAUUUCACUUUUGAAGAUGAUGAAGAUGAGAUAGAUGAAGGAGAAAUUGAUUUAGACGAUUAUCAUGAAGAAGAGUCUGACGAAG